AUGGAAUCCCUGUCCUUUUUGGAUACUGCCGAGAAGGGAAACCAAACAAACAAUGGCACUGAGCUCCCCCAAAAUAACAAUCCCUAUUUUGAAUUAGAUGCUCAAGAAAUGGCAUUGAUUAUUAUUCCCGUCUUUAUUUUUGUUAUUAGCAUUUUUGGACUUACUGGGAAUGGAACAGUCGUCUGGUUUCUUGGCUUUCGCAUGAAUAGGAAUCCUUUCACCACCUUCAUCCUGAAUUUGGCUAUUGCAGACCUUGGGGUCCUCAUAUGCACAAUUUCUUUGAUGAUAGUGCUAACUGUGUUUGAAUUUUCACCCACAUUGGAAAGUAUCGCCUGGUUAACACUUUUAUGUAUCAGUACUUUCUUUUUCUACAUCACUGGUCAAUUUCUGUUGACAGCCAUCAGCGUUGACAGGUGUGUUUCUGUCCUCUUUCCAAUUUGGCAUCGAUGUCACCGGCCACAGCACUUGUCUACCAUUGUGUGCGCCCUAAUAUGGAUCCUUACUUUCCUAUCCAUCGGAUUAUGCAGUUAUGCUUCUUUGGCGUACCUUUUUGAGAAACAAUUUUUCUUCCUCUUCGUCUUCCUGAUUCCUCCUGUGCUUUGCUUUCCACUCAUGAUUAUCUCCACAGUGAUCCUGCUUAUAAAAGUUUGCUUCCGAUCACAACAGAGGAAGAAGGGAAGGGUCUUAAGAGCCAUCCUUCUUGCUCUCCUCUUCUUCCUCUUCUUUGCUUUUACAUUCAGUUUCAUGAUUUUACUUCUUCUUCUGGGGUUUGAUAUAUCAGAGCCUUCACUAAUUGUUGGACACUUAUGCAGCUGCCUAAACAGCAGUGUUAACCCACUGAUUUAUUUCCUGGUUGGAAGGAAGAAACACAGUCGGUCAAAGGAGAGCAUGAAGGUUGCAUUGCAGAGGCUUUUCAAGGAGGAGGAACAUGGAAGAGCGGAGCUAGAACUCCAGGUCAGAAACCAGAUAUGA